AUGGCGGAUAUUCACCAUCUUAUUGAGGAUCAAAAAGAUUUAUUUUUAAAUUUAAAACGUACUGCUAGGUUAUAUAAUUCAAGACAGCAUAAAACGCAUGGCUUCGCACAAUCUGUUUUAGACGAAAUAGAAUCAAAUUUUUUGCAAUUUAAAGACGGGAAUACCCAAUUAUGCGCUGUAGUCCGUGACAAUACUAUUAAUACAGAAAAUAUUCCGUAUUUCGAAGACGAUGUUUAUUAUCAAUUUCAAGACGAGUUUCUUACCCUUAAAAGCCAAUUGCUCGAUUUCAUGGAUUCUUCUGUUACUCGUUCUCCUGGAAUUCAGUCCAGUACGUUUGCUGGUCCCUCUCAUUCUAGAAAUGAAACCUUUUCGCUUCAGGCUCGUUUGCCGAAGAUUGAUUUGCCAGUUUUUAGUGGUGAUUACCUCACUUGGAUGUCUUAUCAGGACAUGUUCGUUUCCAUUCAGACGAUUUUAGACACAACACGAACUAGUAUUGCCCAACUACGUACUUUAGAAAUAAACACCGAAGGUGAGCAUGCUAUGCUUAUUUAUAUGACAGUGAAUAAGCUAGAUGUACAAACCCGAAAGGAAUGGGAGCAAUCGCUUAAUGCCUCGACUCAAAUCCCUCCUAUUGAAGAUUUGUUCAAAUUUUUGGAAUCAACUUUUCGAACAUUAGAAACUAUUUCUGAUCAGACUGAUUCAAGCCCUAAUGUUCCUUUUUCGAAACCAAAAACCCCACAACAUCAAAAUAAAAGUAGAAACAAUUUACGACGUUAUGUAAAUGCUGCUUCCACAAGUACCGACUACAACUGCCCCUGCUGCAAUGAGCGUCACCUUCUUUUCAAGUGUUUCAAGUUUUCUGCUUUACCAUCUAGUGAAAAAAGAGAUUUUUUGAAUUCAAAGCGAAUAUGUCGAAAUUGUUUAACCCCAGGCCACUUUAGUAACAAAUGUCAUGUAGCUUCUCGCUGUCAAGUCUGCCAACAAAACCACCAUACCACUGUUCAUAAUGAGUAUUUUAUAAAUCAUGUUUCUAAUACUCCGACCCCUGAACCUGUUAUAUCUUCUCAAACAUCCUCGUCUUCUCAAGGUAUUGAAAACGUUACCGCUCAUGUCGUUGACAAUAGUAAAACAUCUAACAGGAGGAAAAGGCCCCAAGUUCUCCUCGCUACGAUGCGUGUUGUUUUAAAAACCCCUCAGGGAGAUUUUGUUUUGCGUGCUCUUCUUGAUCAAUGUGCUCAAGCAACCUUUAUAACCAAAAAGGCUGCAGAUGCCUUAAACUUAUCUUAUAAAAGGAACUUUGUGGAAAUAUGCGGUGUAGGUGGAAACCAAUCUACUAUUUCAAAGCAAUACGUUAAUUUUGCAAUAUUCUCAAGAAUCGAAACAAAUUUUAAAAUAGAUUGCGAGGCUUUGGUUCUUCCGAAAAUAACGGCAUAUCAACCUAUGGCUAUAAACGAAACAUUAUUACCGGAUUUAAAGAAAUUUUCAUUAGCUGAUCCUUAUUUUUCGAAACCUGGUGAAAUUGACCUUUUAUUAGGAGGAGAUGUAUACGGGGAUAUCAUAUUACCUCAGCAACAAAAAUUUGAAAGUGGUUUAUUCUUACAACUCACACAUUUCGGUUGGAUAGUUUCUGGCCCCUCACAUGAUAACUCAUCUGAGCACAUCAUCACAGUAAAUGUUUGUUCAUUAGAUAAGCAAUUGCUGUCCUUUUGGGAACAAGAAGAAUUGCUGGAAAAAAGAGCUUUGACAGAAGAAGAAAUCCUUUGCGAACAACAUUUCAAAAGCACUACUUCUAGUGAUUCAUCUGGGCGUUACACCGUAUCACUGCCAUUUAAAUCAUUGCUUAAAGGCCUCUCGCUUCCAGUCUUUGGUCAUACGGAUUAUGCAGCACUUUCUCGUUUAAAGAACGUUGAGUCAAAAUGUAAAUUGAAUAAGAACUUUGGAAAACUUUAUCUAGAUUUUAUGAAAGAGUAUGAAUGUCUCGGACAUAUGGAAAAGGUCGGUACCUAUCCACGUGAUUUAGAAAAAAAUGGUUUCUUUUUGCCUCAUCAUGGUGUGUUAAGAGAGAGUAGUUCUACUACUAAAUUGAGGGUAGUUUUUGAUGGUAGCUGUAAAAGGUCUGCUCAAUCUUCCUUGAAUGAGGAACUAGCACCUGGUCCUGCAUUGCAAAAAUGA